AUUGGGAAUGGAGUAUUACUAUUAUCCUCAUCUCUUUCCCAUUCUCUUAUCUCUGAACUGUAAGACACAAGAAUAGUGUCUAUCCCAUGGCUUUCAAUGGAACCCUAUGGCACAAGUCCUUCUCACCUUGCGUUCAUUUUCCACACACCCUAAGAAGUAAACCUCUUCAUUUGCAAUCCCCAUCGAUUAUUAUUCGAGCACAGCAAGAUGCUGCAGCAGACAAGCCAAACACUUCUCAGGCCAAGACUGCUGAAGGAUCCUCCAAUGCUCAACCUUCUACCGCCGUUCCGAAAACUCCCAAAAAGCCUGUCUAUUCCAUGAAGAAAGGUCAGAUUGUGAGGGUGGACAAGGAGAAGUAUCUCAAUAGCAUCAAUUACCUCUCUGUUGGGCACCCACCUUAUUACAAAGGAUUAGACUACAUUUAUGAAGACCGGGGCGAGGUCUUGGACCUUCGUAUAUUUGAAACAGGAGAAUAUGCACUUGUAAGUGACUUCUUCUUUACCGUACCAAUGAAUAAUGAUUAUAUGUGGGUUGAGCAAAGUCAGAUCGCAUGGGUAGGAAUCCCCACAGCUCCAGCCUGGCUUCCUACAGACAUGCUUAUCAAGUCAGAGAAGCUCAACUAUGAUAGACUGUGACCUUGGCUUGGAGAACGAAAUUAUGCUAAAAAGGGGAGAAUUCACAUUGUUUUUCUGAAGUUGCAAGAUAGAAGGACUAUAAUUGAUUGGUUUAGAACACCAUUGCCACUUCAUACAGCAUCUUCGAUGAAGAAUUAUGUAAUCAUUUCAAAUGAGUUGUAAACCAUUUGAGAUAAUCAUAAUCGCCAGCCAGCAAAAGUUUUUAGUAAUAA